CGGUUCCUGUAAACUUUGAGAGCUGAAUUUAAACAAAAUUAACGAAGUUCAUAAAUCUAGUAACAGAUCUAUAUCUAGACUCUCUAGUUACAAAUACUUUCUUUCGAUUAUUUUAUGAUUGGUUUAAAAGCGAAAGUCAGAAAAUUCCCAAAACAAAUUUAACAACUAUCUCAGUAUCUGGGUUUAAAAAACAUCUAAAACAGUAAAAUGUCAGAGGAGAUAAAAAAGUUUAAACUGAGAGAUGAGAAGCAUGUUGUGGCAGAGAUAGAAAUAAUGGCCUGGUCACCCACCAUGGACUUACUGGCUUUAGCAAAUGUUAAUGGAGAGGUAUUUGUUAAUAGACUGUCCUGGCAGAGAGUUUGGUCUUUAGCUCCACCUUCUGAUGGAGAUAGAGCUGGAGGACUUGCUUGGAGACCAGAUGGAAAAGUCAUUGCAGUUGGAUAUAAAUCUGGAGUGAUUAGAAUCUGUGAUGUAGAGAAGGGAGAUCUUGUGUAUGUAGGUCUUGUGAAAGGGGGUGUGACAUAUCUGGAGUGGAUGCAGCAGUCAAAGCAUAUGUGUGAAGGUCCAGACCUUUAUGUGGAGGAUAACACUUCCAAAUACCUACCCACAGCACAGCAAGUGCAUUCAUUAUAUACAGACAACUCACUUUCAAAAGAUCAUUCAACCUUGGAAGCUCACGAAAGAUUCAGAUCGCUCACUUCACAGAAGGAAUUGAAUUUGUUUAUUGUUGGAACUGACAUCAAUGAAGUCAACCUAUUUUCUUAUGGUGCCUUUCCAACUGGUGUCAUGAAUGUUUCUAUUGAUGGAGUUUCUGAGAAACAGGUAGUUGACUCUGCAGUUGUGUCACCUGACCUGAGCUACCUUUCUGUUGUCAUUAAGUCGACUAAUUCUUCAGGGUAUACCAGCUACUGGACUAAAUCUUUCCACACAUCCUUACUGUUGGCCAGACACAGGGAAAUUCAAAUCUUAGCAUCUAAGUAUAUCAUGAUAGCAUCAGCACAGAAGGAGUUAGAGGUCAUCAUUGAACAGAUGUUUGAGGCUUGGGAGGAGAUCCUCAGGGAGAUGGAUUCCAAGCUUCUCAAGUUUGCUGAGUCCAAGAAAAAAAGUCAGGACACUUCUGUUACUAACGACUUUUUGCAGCUGUUAUUGACUGGCACCACCAGUCUUGAGUUGCAGUCAUUUCUUCUUCAAGAUUUAACUGACAAGGGUUUAAAGAAACUUGGCUUCUCAAUAGAGAAUUCUUAUAGUAACAUUCAAAAGCUUGUGGUGAAACAGUUACAAAGAGUUUGUCACAACAUAACCUCACACCUGAGUGACCUCUAUGGCAUGUCACAGUGGUAUGAUAAGUAUGGAGUUCUAGGUUUGAACCCAACUGCAGUACAUUCAGCUGUUCAGACUGCAGGAGCUUUUGCUGUUAAAGCUAGUGAAUUACAACAGGUUAUAGACACAAGUAUUAAAAAUUUUAAAGCAUUCUUCAGGUGGCUUUAUAUAGCAAUACUACGUUUGUCCUCUGACAAUCCACCUGCUGAUGUGAACAGGAUGACCCAACAUGAUGUCAAAUUUGUGGCUGACUUUUUAAGAGAUAAUUUUAGUCACCUGGUUGGGGAAGAUAAAAAUAGUGAAGAUGAAUCAGCUUCUAAUGCAGUGAAGUCUUCUAAACAUGGUUUUAGGUUAGAGAAAGUAGGUCAGUACCUGAAGAAAGAGGACCUGGUCCAGCCUCCAAAUUACAGUGAAAACCCUUGGACCCAGUUUCUGGACUCUACAACAUUCCAUAAAGAUAGUAAGAUUUUAUAUCCUCUCAUGCAUGGGAAGUCUAUAGUUCAGGGGAAAGCUCUGUUGGACCAGGCAAUAGCUCAUGCAGUAUUGGAACCAGCACAUGCCAUUGGAGACUCUAUGAAACUGCACAUGACUUAUCAACUGUUUGUUACAAAAACUUCUGAGCCAGAAUCUCCACCAUCUAAAGUGUGUCAGCUAACGGAUGAAGAGAAGGGUAUGAUGUGGGUUGCCUAUGCAAAGCAACAGUUUCCAUGUGAUAAGGUCUACCUUCUGAGAUAUUCUUUGCCACAGCCCAGUGAACUCCAGGUGGUCAGUGUCUGUGUUGGCAAGUUCGCAGAGAACCCAGAUGAGCAAUCUGACAGGCCUUCAUGUGAACGUCACCAGUUUUUGGACUUUGCCGUUUUCAAUAGCCAGACUUUGACCUUGAUGCUGAAAGAAGACGGCGAGGAUGACCUCACCUUACUGGUUCAGCUCAACCUGACCUUGGUGGAAGCCGAACAUUUUACACGUGUCCACCCAGAUGCUUUCAAACCAGACCUACAAGUGAAAACUGUCGAUGUUGGUCCUCUCCUAGCCAAGGCCAGCGUCAACUAUCAGACCAACUCCAUGGGGCAGACGAUUGCUGUCGGCGGCAUAAGAACCACUGCAUCCAUGCUUUUGCGGUCACAGAGGCGAAUCCGCCUGUUUCUUCUGGAAGAUAGCGAGGGCAAUGACGAAGAUGAUGAAGACGAGUGUCCAGAUGACAGCACACAGCAAGAGGACAGCGCCGCGGACAGUUUCAGAGUGGACAAAGAGGACAGAUGUGAAGACGAAGACAAGGAGAACACAAUGGUGGAUUAGAAUGGAUUUUGUUCUAGAAUUUGUACAAGUCAUUUGAUUGUUUUAUACCCAAAGUGUUUUCUUCAGGAGGAAAACAACUUUAUUUCUGAGAAUGAGAUUUGAGGGAGCAUGGAAAUAAUGGAAUCUCAUUAGUUGUGUCUUUUAUCAUUUUGAAAUGGAUCAAAUUUGUUUUUGUUUUUCAUAACUGGCAUUUACCACUGUAGGUCAAGGCAUAUCUUCCUUUAGAUCUGAUAUCACCUUUUGUGGGCAGGUGUGGGAUACCUAGGAAAUGUCUAAGAUUUUAAAUUCCUAAAGACUAGAUCUAUCAAGAGUACAUUUUAAAAAGUCACACAUUUUAGUUUUGAAUGCUUAUCAAAUAUAUUUGGCUGAGGCAUUGUAUGGUAUGGUUUGUAGAUGUGCAUAUCACAGGCAGCAUGAGAUUGUAAGUAUGGCUCAGCCAAGAUCUCAAUUGAUGUUACGAAAAGGAUUGUUCUCGUUGUUUUGAUAUAAAUAUUAGUAGGAUUGUUACAAGUGUAAAUUGUGUUCAAAUGUCUUCAUACACAUUGUCAUAAUUUUGUUACUGAUAAUACAUUUUACUGUUACAAUAAUACUUUUGUUACUGACAAAAAUAAUCCAAAAACAAAAGUCAUUUGUCUUUUUUUUUUCUUUCCGUUAAAUGUUUUAGAAAAAAAAAAAAAAGAACGAAAGGUAUGCAAUGAGUUAUAAAAAACCUUCCUUUAUCUAUAUCACCAACAAACAAGUUGAAGACUAGAAAUAACGUUUCCAAAUUUCACCUAAAGGAAUCAAUAAUGGUGUUGUAACAUAUGUAGUCUAACAAGUAGAUCUAAACAUUUGUGAAUACAUCUUGAAUCAUAGUAGAGACUUAGAGCGAGGUUCAUAGACAUAGACCCAUAGAGUUCUGCCAUAUUUGAGAUCUGAUCCCUGUUGCGCACUAUUUUAUCUAAAAAAAAAUUCUUUUUGAGUCCUAUGCAAGGCCUCCACUAAGGCCUAUUUGUAUAUGCCUAAGGCCGUCCCUGAUUAAUGAAGCUAAACAUUGGAAUGGGCUAAAUUUCCACAUUUACACCAUUAGCCAUGUGUUACAAUUUGAGAUGUGGAAAAAUAUGCAGGUUCCAACUGGUUUUGCCUAGCCAUGUGAAAUGUUAUGUGCAUCCUUAAUCUUUGGAAUUGAAGACAUUGUCAUUAUUAUUAAUAUGAGCUUCAAAUAAGGUUGAAGAUAUUCUGAAUAUUGUAAUACGUCAAUUACAAGAAAAACUAUUUGUAAUAAGUUCUAAUGAAGAGUUUAAAGUGUAAUUUAAAAAGGAUAUCAGCUCUUCUUGCUUUAAAAAGAUUAUACCUGAUACUUAGGCCUACCAGAUCUUAUGGAAUAUCACCAAAAACUUCUUAUCAUUUUUUCAAUCUUGAUAUGUAAAGGAAAAAGGUUUCAACAACGUUGUAAAUAUUAUAUUAUUAUAAACACAAUAUGGACAUGACUGAGAAGUUUUAAUAUUAGACCUAAAUUGAAGCCCAAUAAAGAAAAUGUUACAUGCGAGUA